AUGGAGUUGGAUGUCGUCGUGUGCUCCACGUCGGGCAAGCCUGUCUUCCGCCACAGAGUGUCCACUUUAACUACUAAACGUCCAUCUGAAGAGGACGAAUCGUCCGCCAGUUCGUUCUCGAGUUCGCUGCAAGGUCUCUUGUCCUUCGUGGCUUGUACGCAGCACGAGGAGCUGCUGGAGCUGCAAGCUGCCGGCUGUCACUGUGUGUUCCGCAGCUCCGAGAGCCUCACAUUCGCUGCCAUUGCGCGGAGCGUGCAGGAGGAGGAUAGUGUUUACAAUAACGAUACACCGAGCUUUGCGUCGCAGUGUCUGCAGCACCUUCUACAGCUGCUACAGCACCAGAUUCUGUUUGUAUUGAGCGAUAGAGGCCUCGACGUGCUGCGACGACAGCCAGGCUACGACCUACGAGAGCUUCUCAAUGGCACGGAGAGAGUCACGAGGUCAUUGACGGAGCUCUGGGCCACGACUCCAACGCUGAGGUUCAAGGACUGUGGAGUGCUGUUCGUACGUCUAAAGCCCGAGAGACGACGGGAAGUCACGAGAGCCUUGGAGUUUGAGGAGAAUAUUUCAGCACCUUCGAUGAUCUGUGGACUACUGUUGGCUAGGAAGCAAGUUGUGGCUAUCUCUCAGCCCAACAAGAAGCAGUUUAGCAUACUCGUCGAUGAUCUAUUACUACUGAUCAACUUCGUGUACAAUACGCCGUCACUGGCCAAGAGCGAGACGUGGACGCCGAUCUGUUUGUCAAACUUUAAUGCCCGUAUCGAAUACAAUCACUGA